AGACCACGCCCGCCUUAUGACGGGAGAGCGAAAACGGGAAAAGAUGGCGGCCCAACAAGACGUUGAAAUGCAGGAAGCUGCUAACACCAAGGAAGGGUUCUACCGCGUGGAGCUGGCCAAGACGGCAUGGGAGGUUCCGAGCCGCUACCAAGACCUCAGCCCAAUCGGCACGGGCGCCUACGGAACCGUCUGUGCAGCAUACGACACGGAGAAGAGCGUGAAGGUGGCCGUGAAGAAGCUGGUUCGUCCGUUCCAGACGGUGAUCCACGCCAAACGGACUUACAGGGAGUUGAAGUAUCUGCAACAUAUGAAACACGAGAAUGUUGUGGGCCUUCUGGAUGUCUUCACUCCAGCCACGUCUCAGGACAAUUUCCAGGAGCUGUACCUAGUCACCCACCUCAUGGGUGCCGACCUGAACAACAUCAUACGCCAACAGGCGCUCACUGACGACCAUGUUCAAUUUCUCAUCUACCAGAUCCUCAGGGGCCUCAAGUACGUCCAUUCAGCUGGCAUCGUCCAUAGGGACUUGAAACCAAGCAAUGUAGCAGUGAACGAAGAUUGUGAGCUGAGAAUUCUUGAUUUCGGGUUGGCCAGAGCAACGGACAACGAAAUGACAGGCUACGUUGCCACGCGCUACUGGAGAGCACCCGAGAUCAUGCUAAAUUGGAUGCACUACAACAAUCAAGUUGACAUCUGGUCGGUUGGCUGCAUCAUGGCAGAACUGCUGACGGGGCAGGUUCUGUUUCCCGGCAACGACCACAUUGACCAGUUGAACAGGAUUCUGCGGGUGUGCGGAACACCCGACAGAGAGUUUCUGAAGAAGAUCACCAGUGACACGGCGGUGACCUACAUCCAGUCGAUGCAGACAUACCCCAGGAAGGACUUUACAGAGUUCUUUCAAGGAGCCAACCCACUGGCAGUGGAUGUGCUGGACAAGAUGCUCGCCAUCGACCCAGACAAGAGGAUCACUGCCGCAGAAGCCCUCUCCCACCCCUACUUCGCCACCUACGCCGACCCCGAUGAUGAGCCUGAGUCUGAAUCUUAUGAUGAUGCAUUUGAGGGGCUGAAUCUGACAGCAGAAGAAUGGAGAAAGAAAGUGUAUCAGACGAUAGAGACCUUUGUCCCUGACCCCUCCCUCUACACCCAGGGCCAAUGAACUACAGCUAUAAUUAUACUGUAUUAUACACUCUGAACACAUUUUUACUGUUUAGUUAUCGUUCUGUUUGCACCUUUUCUUGUGUAUGUGAUGAAUACAUGAUCCAAAUUUCCAACAAUUAUCUUUAUCAUUACAACUUUCCAGAAUUACAUAUUGGGUCACAGCUGUGAUAUUUAUUAGUGGGUGUGGCAGUGGGCGGGGCUAGUGGUGUGGAAGAGGUGGUGGAGGAAGUGGAAGGUGUCACCGUGUGAGGUGAGCGAGGAGGGGAGGGAGGGAGGAGGGAGAAGAGAGAGGACAGCAGACAGCAGGUGUUGCUCCAAAUGAGGCAGCUCUUCUUCCUGGUUGGGAAGGGAGGGAGGGAGGGAGGGGAGAAUGAAGAAAGAAGAGAGAAGGAAGAGUAAGGAAAGAGAGUGUCAUGUCAAAAUGUCAACAAAAACACACCUCAUUGGCGACCCUGCCCAGAGCUUUAGACAGUUCCUUCACUCCAUCAGCCAGCUUUUCCUUCAUGCUGGCCUGGACUUGCUGGUUCUUUUCAACCUGCUUCCUCUGACGGGACGGCGAUCGGGAAAUGGGACGUCCAGCUAACCGAUUGUCCAAGAGGCCUUGUGCAGCUCCGGACAGCUGUCUCCAUGUGUGUCUCAACUGGUCCAGGUCACCUGAUCUGACGCUCACAGCAAACACCUCGACUGCUGGUGUAACUGGUGGACCUGACUGAGGUGGGGGCUUCACUGCCUUCCUAUUGAAGCCAAACAGACCCAGGAUGAUGUCAUCCUUUUGGUCACGUGAUCCGCUUGUGACAUCAUCGAGGUCGUGUGAUUUGGACGUGACUUCAUCCAGGACAGCUGUUUCGGCUCUGUCAGCUGAAUCGGUUGCAUAUUUUUCUCCUGAAUCGUUUCUUGACUUGUUCAGAAGAAGACCGGCUCGUCUAUCAGAAGAGAUGUGGAGUGCAAGAUGAGAAUUUGGUUGAGGUCUGUGCCACACGACAGUCAUUUCUCCCUCGCUGGCUCCCAGGUGUUGGUGGAGCUGUGGUUUGGCACUCGGUGGAGGUGCGGUGGGGAGGAGUGAGGGAGGGAGUGAGGGGAGGGAGCAGGAGGAGGAGAAUACCGGGAGACGGUACUGCAGAAACGACGCCACGGCCUGGUACUGGGAGUGGAGUGAAGGGGUGAGGGUGUGAAUGUUGGGUAGCUGGGAGUUGGGUGAGGGGGUGAGGGUUUGAGGCCAGAAGCAGCGAGUGAGGAGGGAGUAGGCGUAUGAGACCAUCUGAAACCAGGUAAUCUUAGUAGCCGGGACCGGCUGAGCUCUGGGGAGCAGUAGUUCAGCUGGCGGCGCCUCAGAUGAAGAGAGAAGGCAAGAGAGAGUGGAGUCCUCUCCUCCAUGACAGAGUUCCGUGAGGGCAAACUCCGGUAGAUCACCGAGAGCCUUGUCCGAGAGUGGCUUGGACAGUUCGGGGUGGUGCAGCUGUGAGGUAAGACCCUGGAGGCAUUCCUUGGCCUGGAGAGAUCGCCGGGCUGUCUUGACGGCACACCAUGCAUUGUAUGUCUCUUUCCUGGUCAGGUCUGGUAGAGAUCUGACUCUCCUUGUCUCUGUCCCCUCCCUGGUGGAUCGAGACGGACUCGUCUUCUUUGCAAGGCCGGAGACACUGCGAGAGAUCUUGGGUUUGAUUGUGGGCGGG